AUGGCUUUUGCAGCUCUUCGCCAUUCGAUUCCUUCCCCCACUCGCCUGCUUCGUCCGACCAUGUCGACCCCUUCGCAAGCGCGACUCCAAUCCCAAUGUCGCCAGGUUUCCUUCUCCUCAUACCUGGUUUCUCCCAAGGAGCUCAGUGAGGCCCUCAAGAAGAAUCCUCCCACCAAGAUCUCGACUUCACCGCGUGUCGUACCCCUGUGUGCUGCAUGGUUUAUGCCCAAUGAUCCGGAAGGCCGCAAAGGGAUUGACAUUUUCCGGAAACAUCGCAUCCCUCAGGCUCGAUUCUUUGACUUGGAUGCGGUCAAGGAUGCAGAAUCUCCGUAUCCGCACAUGCUUCCUACCGCGGAGACAUUUGCCGAUGCGAUGAGCGAGCUUGGCAUCCGGCGUGACGACGAAGUGGUGGUUUACGACACCGAAGAGCUUGGAAUCUUCAGCGCCCCCCGUGUCGGCUGGACCCUGCGAGUAUUUGGACACCCUCGGGUUCAUCUCCUGGACAACUACCGAUUGUGGGUGCGCGAAGGGUACCCGACAGAGACCGGGGAACCCCAGCAAGUGGAACGGACCAGCUAUCCGGUACCUAAUUACGAUUCGAAACUGGUGAUUCCGUACUUGGAGUUGAAGGAGAUUGCCAAAGAGCAUAGGAAAGAAGGUUCCAAAGAAGUCGAGAUCUUAGAUGCGCGAUCUUACGGCCGCUGGGCGGGAACGGAUCCCGAACCACGCCCGGGAUUGUCUUCAGGCCAUAUUCCUGGCUCCAAGAGCUUGCCUUUCCAAGAACUACUGGACCCGGAGACGAAGACUUUUCGCUCAAAAUCUGAGCUGCGCAAAAUCUUCGAAGAGAAAGAAAUUGAUGACUCCAAAUCGAUCAUCAGCUCUUGUGGCACUGGUGUGACGGCUACGAUUAUUGAAACCGCCUUGGGCGAAGCAGAAUACGGAGAUCCUAACCUUCGGAGGGUGUACGAUGGAAGCUGGACUGAAUGGGCACAGCGUGUCAAGCCCGCUGACGGACUGAUCAAAAAAGUGAACUAA